GUCUGGUUGCACCGGAUGCUACCGGCCUCCCCCUACCUCUCUACGACGCCAUGCUCAUCGUACCGACUGAGGCUGUUCCGGUGGAACGACUUCACUUCGAUGCUCUGGGGUCCUGUCAGCUCUGCCAGGUGUUCCUACUGGAAAUGUUGUCGACACGAGGACGGCGUCUGGUCUCCGCCGUCAUGUCCCAGACUCCUUCUCUUCUGUAUCCAGCUGGGACGGAGCGCCUCAAGGACAUCGUGUCCAACUACUCUUCCCUCACCGGGAGCGACAAGUGGACGCUUCAGUCCAUCAUGCUGCUCGUGUUCCGACCGGUUCUUCAAGACGUCCGCGCCAUGAAGAAAAACAUGAAGAGGCAGGACAUUAACGACUUGCGAGAGAUCUGGGGGACUGACGGGAAGGUUCUGGAGGUGCUACAGCAACUCGUACAAGUGGCGUCCCACCUGUCGUACGCCGUGCGUGCGCCUUCUCACAACGACCGCGAGCUAUCCCAGCUCGACCUUCUCGCGCGUGACGUGGUUCGAAACCCUCCGUGUCCGUGCGGGAGGACACAUUAGCUGUAGCAAGUGCUAACGCGUUUGAGGAGAAACCGCAGAAAACGUUGUCGAUUGUGGAAAGGCGUGUGCCGUUCGGGGGCUUGGUCAUUGUCGGCAGUUGUAUCAGUAACAGCUUAUACGCAGUGCGUCACGGCCAACGUGACUGUCGAUACGGUUUGGGCGUUCCACGUGUCUCCAUCACCCAAACGUGUCACCCCCCUGCUGCAGCGGGUUACAUUUAUUGGGAGUGUACGCCUUCUAGCGAGAUUUCGUUUGGGGCGUUUCAACAGAAUUUGCUACACGCGAGACAAGAAAGCCGCCUCGCCGUUUGCGGCAAUUGAGUAGCAACAGGAUAUAAACAAUAUUACUUACCCGCUUUGGCCAGGUCGGUUUCUAUUCCAACGUGAUGGGAAGGACAGGUUCAAGGCCUACCAUCCAUUCCAUCCUGCAUACGACAGAGGCCAUCCGAGCACACGGUGAGGAUGGUGCCAAAAUUGUCCUGUAGCCUACUUUACAUGACCUGAGGAUGUGGGGCUUCGUCCCGAGUAACGCGUUACAACUUCCAUGCUAACAGCGUUUGGAGCAAUCCUCCCUGUGGUGAUACAUAUUAUUGCUCGCUGUGUCUUGAAGACCGUGUCGACGCGGGUGGUGAUAUCCAAGCCAGUGGGACGCGAUUAAAUCCAAUGUCCGACUGUCGGUGCCAAUGAAAUUGAUGGAGUUACAGCAAGAGGACGGUUGGUAUAAGCUAACCCUAACCCAUCAUAUUUGGAAGGGCCACUGCUCGACCUACAGCCACCAACUGCUGUCGCAAGUGCUUUCCUCUCUAUUUAAUAACCAUUGUUUUACAUUUAGACAGUUGGCAAUUGAAAAAUCCUGUCGUGCUGUAUGUGCCCUAUGUUUCCUCCCAAUCCUCUCCGAGACUUCGCUUAUUUACGUUCAACUUCGGAAUAUUUC